AUGUUUUGAACUUCCCAGGUCACCUUACCGUAGUUGAAGCUAGCAGCUAGCAUCGAAUAUGAAACAAAAACUCGCACACAAAUUAUGAAACUACGCAGGACUACAUUAAAACGUGUGCAUAACCACUCCAGGGUGUGUUAAAGUUGCUUAACUAUUAGCUGUCGUGACAGAUUCCUCCACACGGCGUCACAUGUCGACAUUUCUUGGCAGUUAGUGUGGGACUGCGCAUGCGCUUUAAGGGGUCGUCUGGCCCGGCAUCAUUUUUGGGAACACAAUAUUAUUUUUAAAAAAAAAACAACAAGACUUCAACAAGUAGUACUUACACUUGGUUUGCUUGACGUCUUCGGCGACUUUGCCCACGACGUCCUAAAGCUGCUCAAGUGUAGCCAGGAUGCUCGUGAAGAAAGUAGUCCUCAACUCCAGACCAGUUUAUGGAGGUGCUAAUGGGGUGCCAGAUCCCCAAAAUUUUCGCCUGGAGGAAGAAACUCUUGCACCGGAUUUGGAAGAUGAGGAGGUCCUGGUUCGGACCCUUUACCUCUCUGUUGACCCUUACAUGAGAUGCAGGAUGAAUGAAGACAGCGGGUCGGAUUACUUGGUCCCGUGGAAGCUGUCGGAGAGCGCGGACGGCGGCGGGGUCGGCGUGGUCCAAUCCAGCCGCCACGGCGACUAUCGUGAGGGGGACGUGGUCACGUCCUUCGCCUGGCCCUGGCAGAGCCACGCGGUGCUGAAUGCGAGCGUCCUACGCAAGGUGUAUCCGGCGUCGGUGGGCGGCCACGUUUCGUACUUCCUGGGCGCGGUGGGCAUGACGGGCCUCACGGCGCUGCUGGGCAUGAGGGAGAAGGGUCACGUGACCAGAGGAGCCAAUCAGACGCUGGUGGUCAGCGGAGCCGCCGGGGCCUGCGGCUCGGUGGCCGGACAGAUCGGGCGAUUGGACGGUUGCUCCAGGGUGGUCGGUAUCUGCGGUUCCGAAGACAAGUGCAAGGCGGUGGUGGAGGUUUUGGGCUUUUCCGGCGCCAUCAACUACCGGCGGCAGGACGUCGCCGCCGGGCUGCGGGAAAGCUGCCCCGACGGCGUCGACAUCUACUUCGACAACGUGGGAGGCGACAUCAGCGACGCCGUUAUCGCGCAGAUGAACGAGGGCGGCCACGUGAUCUUGUGCGGUCAGAUCUCGCAGUACAACAAGGACGUCCCGUACCCGCCCCCCCUCGACCCGGAAACGCAGCAGAACCUGCGCAGGAAGAACAUCACCAGAGAGAGGUUCAUGGUGCUCAACUACGCGAGCCGGGCCCAGGACGGCCUCGGCGAGCUCGGCCGCCUGGUCGCCUCCGGGGAAGUCAAGGUGCUGGAAACAAUUGAAAACGGCAUAGAAAAUAUGGGAGUUGCCUUCUGCUCUAUGAUGAAAGGGGGAAACCUUGGCAAGCAAAUCGUGAAGAUCUCACACUGACUUAGCAGCGAAUAACAACACGCUGACACAACUGUAUUGAACAUUUUUAAUCCACAGCACUAUAAAUCAUUCAAUAAAAAAAAAAAAAGUGGUUGCUCCCUUUUUCAUUCAUAAAACCCUUCUCAUUUGUUUUUGUUUUUUUUUCCAAGUGAAUGUUACAAAUGGAUGCGAUCACGUGACAUCCCCCAACACAGUGCAGCCGCGUAACGACGAAGUCAUCAGAGGUCGCCCCGAAACCCGUCAUUUGACACCCGCCGGCGCGCCACGCGGGUCUUUUCAUUAGGUACACCUGCCCGAGUGCGGGAUAAUCGUCGGACUUGGUCCAAAUGUUUCAUUUCAGUGGUUAUAACAACUCCGUCAGGAUACAUAUUGGCUAAAAUAAGUCGUGAGAUUGUGUAGGUAGAAUGGUAUGUUUGCAGUGCUGGAUGCAGUGAAAUGGGGGGGGGGUGUUGAAGGGAAUCGUCCUAUAUCAUCAUUCAUAAAUGUCUUUUUCCUCUGCUGGUUGUUGUUUUUUUU